AUGCAUAUUCUUUGUUUCAUGCUCAUUGCGCUUCCUUUGGCCUUGGGUUCAGGGGCGCAAAGUCCAUUUGACCAACCUUGUUCUGGAACAGACCUCAAAUACGGCCAUGGUACUUCAUCCUGUUUGCAAAAGCCAUAUUGCCCAGGUCGCGAAGCUUCCGAGAGCCUCCAAAGCCUCUUAUUCACGCAAUUUACGCAAACGUUGUAUGUCGAGAAGAAUAUCACCAAAGCCUUCGAAGUUUACGUCUCUUCCAACAUCAUCGAACAUGAUCCCGAGGAUACACAGGACCGUGACGCUAUUGUUGCGAGAUUAUCUCAGAUUAUUCCGUUUGCAAGUGUCACCAUCUUGCGAUCAAAUUUUGGCAAUAACACCGGUCUGAUUCACUUGAAAGUGGACGAGAAUCCAGAGCCUCUCGCUCUGGCGGAUAUUUAUCGUAUGGACGGGACCUGUAUUGUUGAACAUUGGGAUAUCUCCCAGGCCAGGCCAUCGAAUUCGACAAACCCGAUUGCCAUGUUUUGA